AGCUUUUAUUUUGUGCACGUGAACUUAUGGGUUGAUGCGUGUGUUUCAAUGCAGAAAGUACAGUAUUUAUUUAUUUACAGUAACCCAGGAUGUAAUGUCUGCUAGAUUAAUCCACACUACGGCACGAUGACAUCUAAAUCCAUUUGGUUUUUCAGCCAAAUAAUUAAGCGACACGGAGGAGCUUCACAACUGAGAAGUUUUGUGAGGUGUUCAUCAUGUGCAGCAGAGGGCGCUGUUGUUCCUCCAUUACACUCCAGCAUCACAGCAGAGCAGGCAGUCAAACUGUGGACCCAAUACUUCACACUGCAGGGCAUCUCUGAGCCUCUCCUCUCCAGUCAGUAUAUAAUAGCUCAUGCACUUGGCAGAAAAACGCUGGAUGCUGUGGACAGAAGGCGGCUAAGAGACCCACUUACAGACAGAGAGAGAGACAAAGUGUGGAAACUUUGCUCUAAACGUCUAACAAGCAUGCCAGUACAGUAUGUGAUUGAAGAGUGGGACUUCAGAGAUCUUACCCUAAAGAUGACUCCCCCAGUAUUCAUACCCCGUCCUGAGACAGAGGAGCUGGUUGGUCUUGUUCUGGAGGACCUCAGGUUAAUGCUGGGGGAGUCGUACGGGACUGAUUUACGAUGUCUGGAGGUGGGCUGUGGAUCUGGGGCCGUCUCUCUCAGUUUACUGCACGGCAUUCCACAUCUCAGGGUGCUUGCAUUGGACCAAAGCCAGGCAGCAGUUUGUCUUACGUUGGAAAAUGCAUGCAGAUUGGGUCUACAGGACAGACUUGAAGUUCAGCAUUUGGAUGUGAUGGGCGAUGCAGAUACGAUACUAAACAAAUGUGGCCCCAUCCAUUUUCUAGUCAGCAACCCCCCCUACCUGCUCAGUAAGGACAUGCAGUCUUUACAAACUGAGAUACUUCAGUUCGAAGACCACGCUGCGUUGGAUGGAGGUUCGGAUGGCUUGUCUGUGAUUCGCUCCAUUCUGGCUUUAGCCUCUCAGCUUUUAAUAGAGAGAGGGCGUGUUUACCUUGAAGUUGCCCCAUGCCAUCCUCCAAUCAUUCAGCAGCUUAUAGAGGAGAGGAUGCCAGAGUUGCUUUAUCUGGAAACCCGAUGUGAUCUCACCAAUAGGCCACGGUUCUGUAUUUUACAGAGAAAAGGAAAGGAUGACUGAAAUAAAGGACACAAGAAAAACACAUUGAGGACCAGAGGUGGUUACAAAGUGUAUAAAUAUAGCAAGAAUAAAUAUAAACGGGUAAAACGUCCACCAUUAGAUAAUGCCUGUAAAUGUGGCCUUAGCCAAAUUGCCAGCGUCACACUCUCGGUCACCUCACUGUAUCCUGCCAGCUCCCAGCACGCACUGUUUUUCUAAGAAUUAAAAACCUGCCAGUCAUACCGAGAAACCGCUUCCUGAAAUCCGGCAAGCAUGUGUUUCUGUUUGUUCAAUUUACCAUUGUUUUUACGUUCGCUCGUCUUUUAAUUGGUAAGCGUACGUGUGGCUGUAUUUUGUUGUGGUAAGACCGCAUUGAUUGCGAGUAUGCGCUCGGUGUGCAAGUGUCAGUGUGCAGUAGGCUGAAGGUAAUUAUCGAGGCCUUUUCUAAGAACUCCCCCUCCCAGCCGCGCACUAGUCGCUCCCUAGAACUAAUGCCCUCGUUCUGCGAAACAGCUGGCCCAUUGCCUCCAGCUCGCUUACUCAGCUAGCCCACAAAAUACAGAUAACUAGGACAACCUGACAUGCUUCACUACCACAAUGUAUGACUGUAUAUACAGUAGAUUUUGUCUGUUGUAGUCUAGUAACGAGUGACAGGUUUGCACGUACACAUGCUGUUUUUCUGUAAUGUUUUUUUUUUUCAGUAACGUUUAAUAAAAACUUUGUAUUUAUCGUU